AUGUGCCCGCUGCGUCUCAACGGCAGUCUAGAUGCUGCCUCAGAACAUGUUAUUUCAAUUUGUACCACCCUUCAUACAUGCUUCAUCCUGCGCCGCAUUGUUGGCGGGGCUUUUAGCCCCAAGCUGGCCAAGAAGCUAGCCCGGCUCGUCAACAUGGAGACAAACUUAAUGCUGAGCCUCGAAACUGUCGCUAAGGAGCGCAAAGAAGUCACUCAACAAUUGUCCGUCUGGGGUGAGGAUGGCGAAGGAUACAUCCCUGAUCUUACCGACAAGCUCGGUGUUUGCCUCUACGAGAUUGGCGAGCUUGAGGAUCAAUACGUUGACUGCUACGACCAGUACCGCAUCACCAUGAAUGGUAUCGUCGACAUUGAGAGCUCUGUUCAACCCACUCGAGACCGGAAAAAUCAACGACAAGAUUGCCCGGCUCAAGAGCUUGUCCGUGCUGAGGCUGUGUCCCUCGUCGCCGAGGCCCAGCUGUCCAACACCACUCGUGAAAAGGUCAAGACUGCCUAUACCUAUCAGUUCAAUUCUAUCAGAGAGCACUGCGAGAAGGUCGUUAUCAUUGCUGGCUACGGCAAGCACCUCCUUGAGCUCAUCGACGAUACCCCAAUCAUGCCUGGUGAAUUCGAACAGCCAUAUGACAGUCAUGAGGCUAGUAGAGCUAUCCUUCGGGACUGCGAGGAUAGUCUCGCUAAUUGGGUCACUGCAAACACUGCCGUCUCCUCCAAGCUUUCCACCCACUUGCACACUCUGUCUCAACACAACAAUAACAGCUUAUCCGCUAGAAAUGAGAAUCACAGUCGUUCUUGCCAAGAAUCUCCAACGAAUAAGAACAGCUCCCGGAUCAACCGCAAUGCCAAGGAAAGCGACAAGAAAAUAGGAAAAGAGGGCACUAGCGACAUCAAACCGGAGGCUACAGUCUAG